CCGAGGGACGGGGUGGGGGAGGAGAUGGGGACGCUCCAGACGUGGCGAAAGGCCUACGGAGCACUCAAGGACUCCACCAAGGUCGGCCUCGCCAAGGUCAACAGCGAAUUCAAGGAGCUGGACAUCGCGAUCGUGAAGGCCACAAACCACGUCGAAUGCCCGCCCAAGGAGCGGCACGUCCGAAGAAUUUUUGCAGCAACCUCCGUCGUCCGCCCGAGGGCUGAUGUUGCUUAUUGCAUAUACGCACUUGCGAGAAGGCUCUCCAAGACGCGUAAUUGGACGGUCGCGUUGAAAACAUUGAUAGUUAUUCACCGACUACUGCGGGAGGGUGAUCCAACAUUCAAGGAGGAAUUUUUGAGCUAUUCUUACAGAGGAAAUAUUUUGCAGAUAUCCAACUUUAAGGAUGACUCAAGUCCUUUAGCUUGGGAUUGCUCCGCAUGGGUCCGAACGUAUGCGCUCUUCCUCGAGGAAAGGCUCGAAUGCUUUAGGACUUUAAAGUAUGAUAUUGAAGCCGAGCGGUUAAUAAGAUCUCCACAGAGUUCUGGCAAGGGGCAUAGUAGAACAAGAACUCUAGGUUGCGCAGAUCUUUUAGAUCAGUUGCCUGCAUUGCAACAGCUGCUUUUUCGCCUAAUUGGCUGCCAGCCUGAAGGUGGAGCUUGUGCAAACUAUCUUAUACAGUAUGCAUUAGCUCUGGUUUUGAAAGAGAGCUUCAAAAUCUAUUGUUCAAUUAACGACGGGAUUAUUAAUCUGGUGGAUAUGUUUUUCGAGAUGCCAAAAUACGAUGCCAUCAAAGCCCUCGAAAUCUAUAAACGAGCUGGCCAGCAGGCUGAAAACCUUUCGGAUUUUUAUGAAUUCUGCAAACAUCUUGACCUGGCUAGGAACUUUCAAUUUCCUACUCUGAGACAGCCACCACCUUCAUUUCUUGCAACAAUGGAAGAGUACAUCAGAGAAGCACCUCGGAUUGGCUCAGUUUCAAGUAAGGCAUUGGAAUAUCAAGAGAAAAAUCUGCUAACCUACAAUCAAGAGGAAGCUCCUCCUGAAAGCGAAAAGCCUGUCGAAGAACAGAAAGAAGAACAACCCGCAGAACCUGAAGAACAGCCAGAGCCUGAAGCUCAGGCUGCUGAACCUGAGCCUCAACCUAUAACUACAGGAGAUUUAUUGGGUUUGGAUGAAAUAAGUCCUGUUGCUGCUGAACUUGAACAAAGCAACAUGUUGGCUCUAGCCAUUGUUGCACCAGGUGAAGAUACAAAGUCCUCGACGACUACUGACUUGCUUGGUGGUAAUACUACUGGGUGGGAAUUAGCACUAGUGACUACUCCAAGCAACAAUACUAGCCAUGUGGUUGAAAGCAAACUGGCUGGCGGGUUCGACAAGCUGCUUCUUGACAGCCUCUAUGAAGAUGAGGCAAGGAGGCAGCAAAUUGUGGGAGGUACCUAUGCAGGUAGUCUUGCAGCAAAUACAUACGAACCCAACCACGAUCCAUUUGCCAUGUCCAAUACCUUCGCACCACCGUCCAGUGUUCAACUGGCAUUAAUGCAGCAACAACAGCAGCAGUAUUAUUAUCAGCAGCAGCUACUGCAGCAGCAACAACAACAACAGUAUUAUAACUCACAACAGCAUAUGAUGAUGAUGGUUCCUCAUACCUACCAACCACAACAAUACUCUAAUCCUCAGACAGCUAAUGCAAACCCCUUCGGUGAUCCAUUUGCUGCGUUGCCACCGAGUGGUCCUCAACAAGGCAAUCCGCAUUUAAUUUGAAAUAAACUUAAAUUGUCGAUAACUUGUAAGUUGUUCGCACUUCUUCGAGGAAUUAUUAUCUAUGAUUCAUAUAGAAUGGUGGUGAAGUUUAGAUCAACGGGUUGUAUAGUCGAGUAAUUUAUACUGAAGUGAAGGAAGGGGGUUAAUGAUUCUUUCUUCUGGGAAUUAUUCUCUAUUUGUUUCGGGCACAUGCUUUGUAUUGUUGAUUCUUUGAAAAUAAAUUGGUUAAUUGUAAUGCAUAAA